AUGCUCUGCACGCAGUGUGCGAGAAGUUCAUCGGCUCGUUGUCGCUGGAAAGCAAUCCUUCGGCCUCGAAGUGAAGUUUGGAGCUCGACUUCUGCUGGGAGUGUGGUCUUAAAUGGCCCAGAGCCAGAGACAGCAGCUUCCGAUGCGUUGGCGCGCCACGACAGUUUGAGCAAGAGAUUCGCAGCGUUGUCCAAGAGAACAACUUUGGUAGCUUUGGCUCCCGGCACGGGCAAAUCUACCCUGACCGUCCUGCUCAACGAAGCACUGGCAAGAAAAGUAGACCCACUGCAGUUUGUCGAGCUCCACAUCAGACGGUUGCCUCGGUCGUUGCACUACACGGCCGAAACAUUGAGAGAAGUUCUGGGUUUUGCACCUCCUGUUUGUCAGUACUUUGCAGAUGCCGAUGCAGCGUUUGAGUCGCCCGACCCGCGCUGGAGACUCCGGGUGGAAAAGCUGCGGGUCAUCGCUCAGACGUCCGGGCGGAUGCCUCUGGGAGCAUACGAGGAGAUGAUCUUGGACUUUUGGGAGCAGGUCCCUGCUGCGCAGCUUCCACAGAUCCUCCUUAUGGACGAUUACGGGCUUGAGGAGGCUCCAUGGCUCACACUUAGGGCCAAACUGCCGCUCAAAGAAAUGGACAGCCGCUGGAGAGGCCGAAUUUCGCCAGAAAUGUCUGGGGACCAGGCAGAAAAUGUGGUUUGCCGCUGGCGUCGGGCGUGGCACAACUUGUUCGGGGAAGUCCUGGAUUUUGAUGAGAUUGUACAGUCUCUAGGCAGCUUAGCAACGACGGCGUGA